AUGGCAACUCCAUCAAAUGUCAUACAUAAUAUCAGCUUAUCCUAGAAUUCAACUUUUCAAUAUAACCUGAAUACUCCUCAUCAUCCUGGAGGCCUCCAAAUUAGCGCAGAUCUAUCCUCUUUAUCUAUAAAUCUUAACAGCAAUGAAUAGCAUGUUGUUUCUCCACUUCUAAUUGAAUCUAUGAUUUAUUAGUCUCUUGAGAAGCAUAAAAAGGAAAUAUUUUUAUAUGCAAGAAAGGAGGUCCUCUACAAUGAAAAUCAUAACUUACCCUAGAAAUCUCAAAAAAGUUAAUACAAAAUUAGUGAAUUUGAUGCUCUUUAUGACAAUGAGUUGUAUCAACCGAGUGACAAUAUAUCAUACCAACAAGUCUAUAUUCAUGAUUAUGAAAAACUAUUAACGAAAAUAAGUGAGCAGCUGACAUUGCAAGUAAAUGAUCUUGUUCAAAAAAUGAUUGAGAACAUGUUUUAACUAAAAAAACAAAAAGAACUGGAGAAGAAGAGUGUCUCAGGCCGUGGAUUAUUGCACAAGACAGAAGAUAGAAAUCAUACUUACUCAGACAUUUAUGAGCAAAUGAAAAAAUUUCAAAUAAAAUAUGAAGAAAGCAAAAAUAUUAUAGGCUAGAUGAGGAAAAACUAUCUGAAAGAAAUAUCUCAUCUUCGAGCAGUUGAGGAUGUAAUGUUUACUAAUAAAAAGCUAUAAGAGUAGUAGAAAACACCUUAGGGUUCAAAGGCUCAUACUUCAAUAACAUAAGGCCAUAUUUUCAAAGAACCGAGGGAUACACACAAGGAUCUGCUAGAAGUAUAUUUUUUUACUCCAACUGAAGGUCUAGAUAAUGACACAUGUCAAAUUUUCAACAAGUAUUUUAUGAAACUUAAGAACGACUUUGAAACCAGGCUUAAUAUUCUCAAUAAUGUCAAUUAAGAUUUGAGUUGGAAAGUUGCUCUAAUAGAUGAGUCCAAGAAAAUAUCUGAGAUGAAUAGUAUGGAGCUUAUUGAGAUGGUCUUCACCAAAGAAAAGGAUCAAGAAGUUAUUUGGUAAUAGAUCAAAAGAAAAUUUUAGAUUGAAACAUUAGAGUAGAUUGCAGAAGAUGAGUUUGCAGAGAUUAUCAAUAAAAUUACAGAAAAGGAAAUUACCACUUAGGCGCUCAAAAUUACAGAGGAGAGUAAAUUUCAAAUUUAGGAUGCUAAGGACAAACUUCAAAAAGAAAUCAGCUAUCUGAGGUUAUAAAUUUCUUAUAAGCAGGAGGAAAUUGAGAAAAUGAAAGAAUUAAAGCUCCUAGACAUUGACAGAGCUCGGUUCGAGUCAUAUGAUAAAGCUGAAAGAAGAUUCUUUGAUAAUCUAAGAUUAAAGGAAGAAAAAUUCCAAGAGGAAAGGGAGAUGUGGAAAGAAAAGCUUGAAACAGCAGUAAAAGAUGAUAUUCAAAAGUAUAACUCAUUAUUCUUGAACAUGGCUAUGAUGAAAUGGAGAUUUAUAGUGGCGAUAUUCAAACUUAAAAAUGGAUCUGGAGAUCUUAAUGAAAGUAUAGAGGAAACAAUAAAAAAGGUUAUGGACUCCUAGGUUAAUAAAUAUGCUUAAAAACUUGAAAAAUGUCAGGAUAUGAAUAAAGUACUUGAGACUGAGAAGCAAAUACUAAAAGAUGAAAUAGAUAGACUUAAAUAUCAAAUAUCUUAGAGAGACGACAAAAUAGAUCUUUUAUUGAAUGAAGUGGUUAAGUACGGAGAUGAUAAUAUAAAACUGUAAAAAAAAGUUGAAGAAUCUGGAUAGUUCCAGAGAGGUCUUGAAGAUUAAUUAGAGCAAGGAAAGAGAGAUCAAUCUGACUUUGAGACAUUAGGAAACAAUGUGACAACACCAGGCAAGAGUAUGAGUACUAUAGCUGCUACAGUUAAAUUCAAUAGCAAAGUAUACGCCUCGAAAACUCUGAAAGCAAUGAUAGAUGAUAGAUCAUCUGCUCUUGGUAAUAUUUACUCCUCUAUCUAGGUUAAUGUAGCUACUGAUACUUUUGAUCUUAUUGAGAUAAUGUCAGUUAAGACCUAAUAUAAGGAAUCUCAUUUCUUUACACUUGAGCAAGCAGAGGGAUAAGAUCUCAUAGUUGAACAAUAAAAAGAGAUUAAAUUUAAUAUGACAGAAAAGUCAAUAGUAUAAUCAGAUGAAGGAAUUUAGACUGAUGAUAAAUGGGUUUUUAUUGACAAGGGUGAAUAUAAAGACUUGCUUGAUACAAACGAAAGACUACUUGAACAAAAUACAAUGCUAAGUUAAUAAUAAAAGAAAGCUGAGACUAUAGUUAUACCUCUAGAAAACAAGCAUGCUCUAGCUAAGAAUAAUACAAAGCCACUGAUACUUUCUAAAGGAAAGCAACCAAGAAUUCAAUCAAGUAAAAGGCACAAAAUCUUUCAUCCUAAUCAGAGUAAUAGUAGUCUCCAUAACCUGCCAAAGAACUUACUAGAAAAGAGGAAUCCAAUUAAUAUUGACAUUGAGGAUUAAUUGGAUGACAUAUCCUUGGAUAACUCAGAUAUCUACUAUUAAAAUAUCCAAAACUAAAUUCAAGUUUCGGGAAUGCCUUAAAUGAAUGAUGAAGUUUUAAAAAAAGCAAUGCACUAUAUUUAGAACAAGGAACUCAGACAAUAUAACCUUAGAACUCUUUAAAAUCAAACAAAUGUCUCAUUAGAUAAAUUACCUUAAGUUUACAAAAGAUUGUGGGAUGAUGUAGCUGCAAAGAAUAAAAAGUCAAAAGAACUAUAACUGCAUUUUGAUAAGAUUAGAUAAUUAGAGUGGAUAAAGCUAUUAUAGUCGAAGAAUCAUCUCAAUCUAAAGGACAAAAAAAAUCAAGAGAAGAUCAAAGAAAUAUUUGAACUUAUGCAAAAUGAUAUCUUAAUAAGAGGAGAUAAUCCUUAAUAGAAUCAUAACUUCAAUUAAGUCUAGCAAGUAAAUCUAAAUCAGGUAAUCGAUUUAUUCAGUCAAGAAUAAGAACAGCAGUAUUAAAGUGCAAUUAGGAAAUGGGAGGCUUAAUAACAAUCUAAACUUUCAAAAAGCUAUCAAUUCAACUAGGCAUCUGCUCCAGAUAUUGGUUCAGUCUACAUUACAGAGUAGCCUUACAUAUAAAAUAUCUAUCAGUAGGAUCCACUUCAAAACUAUGAUGGCUAAAUGACAGCGAAUUUCUAAUAAUUGAUUUGUGAGGAUAAGAUGUGCCAAACAGAUUCUUAUCUAUUGGAAUAAUUCCUUUAAAAGAUACCUAACUAUUAAGUUAGAAUGAACCAGUUCUUAUAUAAUAAAUAGAGUAACUUUUCACAUUCUCAUUCUAAAAAUUCACUUUAACACUCGAGGUUCUAAACGACUGCUGAUUUUACAAAUGCUAAUUCAUCUGUCAAUAAUUCUAUAACUCUGAAUAACAAUUAUCAACAAGUAAAUGACUCUUAUCCAAAUAGGAAAAAGCCUAAUCUUUUUAUGAAUUCUAGGAUCAGAUAGGCUUCACAUGCAUCAAAGUAAAGAGGCAUGCUCACUUAGGCUAAUUCCCCUAAGCAUAAUUAGUAGUAAAAUUAUGGAUUUUAAUCAAACUCUGCUUUAAUGAUAGAUAAUAAGAUUAGCGCUAACGGCUAAAGAAAAGUUAUAAACAGCAAUCCUCCAAGUAGAGCCUAGCAACUCCAUAAUUCAAAGAAUCAAAGUGAAGUAGCCAUUGGAUUGGGUUUAGCUAAAGAAGUUAAUAUGAUACCAACCUUAUCGCCAAAUGAUAGAAUUAAAUCUCAAUCAAACAUAAAUAAUUUUGACAUGCAUUAUUAGGCUUCAAGAGCUAUUCCUCAUAACAAUUAUUAUACUAGUGGAGGUGCUUAUGAUGAACAAGCAUAGUUUUAGAGUGCUAAUUUUAGUAUUAUCAAUUAGCCAUUGAUUUAGCACAGAUAAAGUCAUAGUUAUUUAAAUAAUUCCAAUUACGGGAAUCCUAGAAGUGAUUCUGAUUAUGCUCCUGAUGAUGAUGUGAUCUAUAGAGCUGAUAACAAAAAUGGAACUCUGCUUUAAGAUAAUCUAAGUGACAAGAUAAAUAUUUUAGAAUCUGCCAAGAACUCAUAUGAUGAUUAAGAUAUACAUAGGACUCAAAGUAUUGGUCCAGUUAACGUUCCGAGAUUACCAACUGUGAUAGUAAAUCCUUAAAAAUAAGCUUGA